AUGGGGCUGACUUUGUGCGCGCAGGGUUCGGACGUGGACUGGGACGACCUUUGGGAUGAGUUUGAAGAGCGGAGGUACCUGAGCGCCCGGAGGUGGAAGGGCGGCGAGGACCCAUACCGGCUCCACGCCUUUAACCAGCGGGAAAGCGAGAGGAUCCCCAGUGACCGCGCUGUCCGUGACACCCGCCAUCACAGGUGCACGACUUUGCGCUAUCGCCAGGACCUCCCGCCGACCAGCGUCAUCAUCACCUUCCACAACGAGGCCAGGUCGACCCUGCUAAGAACGAUUCGGAGCUAAAUUAAUCGAAUACCCAAAUCUCUGCACAUGAUCACUGUCAUGGAUUUUGUGGAUGACUUCAGUGAUGAUCCUGACGACUGCCGCUUGUUGGGCAAGCUCCCCAAGGUGAAGUGCUUGCGGAACGAACGGCGAGAAGGUCUGAUCCGGUCCCGAAUCCGAGGGGCAGAUGAGGCGCAAGCAGGAGUCCUGACCUUCCUCGACAGUCACUGCGAGGUGAAUAAGGACUGGCUGCUCCCUCUGCUGCAGAGGAUCAAAGAGGAUCCCACCCGAGUGGUCAGCCCCGUUAUUGACAUCAUCAACUUGGACACUUUUGCCUACGUGGCGGCUUCCUCAGACCUCAGAGGAGGUUUUGACUGGAGUCUGCAUUUCAAAUGGGAGCAGCUUACCCCAGAGCAGAAAGCAAAACGACUUGAUCCCACCGAACCCAUUAAGACUCCCAUCAUUGCCGGGGGGCUGUUUGUGAUCGACAAAUCUUGGUUCAACCACCUGGGGAAGUACGACAGUGCCAUGGACAUCUGGGGCGGGGAGAACUUUGAAAUCUCUUUCCGUGUGUGGAUGUGUGGAGGGAGCCUGGAAAUCAUCCCCUGCAGCCGCGUUGGACACGUCUUCCGGAAGAAACAUCCAUAUGUCUUUCCAGAGGGAAACGCCAAUACGUAUAUUAAAAACACCAAGCGCACUGCGGAGGUGUGGAUGGACGAAUUCAAGCGGUACUACUACGCAGCUCGUCCCGCAGCCCAAGGGAGGCCUUAUGGAAACAUCCAGAGCAGAGUGGAGCUGCGGAAGAGGUUGAAAUGCCGCAGCUUCAAGUGGUACCUGGAAAAUGUUUAUCCUGAACUUCGGAUUCCCGAGGAAUCGCUCUAUCAGACUGGGAUGAUCAGGCAAAGGCAGAGCUGCCUGGAGUCGCACAAGUCUGAAGCCCAAGAGUUCCCUGUCCUGAGCUUAAAUCCUUGCAUCAGCAGCAAAGGCACGGCAGCAUCGGCACAGGAAUGGACAUACACAUACAACCACCAAGUCCGCCAGCAGCAGCUGUGCUUGUCUGUGUACACCCUCUUCCCUGGGUCCCAAGUGCUGCUGUCCCCUUGCAAAGAAGGUGACAACAAGCAGCGAUGGGGUAAAGUUGGGUCACACAUUGAACACAUAGCUUCACGCUUCUGUUUGGACACUGAGACGAUUGGGGACACGAAUGAGAGCACCAAAGAGCUUGUCAUCAACCCUUGCGAGAGCACAGCCAUGAGUCAGCGCUGGGACAUGGUGAUGUCUUGA